CCCCCCGGGAGCUCAGAAUGUCGACGUUGGUGUGCUAGCACAUCCCUCCCCUUACACUAAACUUUUGACUUUAACUGGGAACAACAACGGUACACAGAAUAUCUAUAACCCAUACAUUCAUUUGAAUCGUACACUAUAUGACAAAAGUAUGUGGACGGCAGGUCUUUUAGCCAUACCCACUGCUAUUGUAUCAAUGUAAUCUACAUUGCAUUGCAAGCACCGAGCUCAAAAGCAUUUUGUGUGUUGAUACUGGUGCUAAAACAUAGUUUGUACCAGAUUCUAAAAUCACACCCAAGUGGGCAAGUGUUCACAGACACCGAGUAUGUCCAAAUGAGUCCCAAAAAAGGCAUUUUAGAACAAGAUGAUCAGGUGUCCACAUACUUUCAGCUCUAUAGUGAGAACCAGACUUUGGAGAGAAACGAAUUGUCAUUAAUUCCAGUGUGGGUCUCAAGUUUUGGAGAAGGUGUGGUUCAUAGCGGCUGUCCUGCCUUUUUUUGUCUGUCCUGUGCUGAUUGUAAACCCUGCUACAGGGGCUGUCUUUCACGCCAUGAGUGUUACUUUGUUGUAGAUGAGGGUGAGGGAUUUACACCCCCUGCACGGCUGGGUAACCUAGUCAGACUCCAGGUUCAAAGUGUGGACAAGCCUCUGUACCGCGGAACGUACCACUGUUUCAAGUCCAUCGUUCAUCAGGAAUCUAUGCUCGGACUCUACAAAGGUAUCGGCUCCCCCAUGAUGGGCCUGACUUUCAUCAACGCCAUUGUGUUCGGUGUCCAGGGCAACGCGAUGCGCAUGCUGGGCCGGGAUACCCUUCUGCACCAGUUCAUGGCGGGUGCCGCCGCCGGCGCCAUCCAGUGCGUCAUUUGCUGCCCCAUGGAGCUAGCCAAGACGCGCAUGCAGAUGCAGGGCACGGGCGAGAAGAAGUCGUCCAGGAAGCUGUACAAGAACUCUCUAGACUGCUUGGUCCGCAUCUAUAAGAGGGAGGGCGUGAGGGGGAUCAACCGCGGCAUGCUGACCACCGUCAUCCGCGAGACGCCGGGGUUCGGGGUGUACUUCCUGACCUACGACGUGCUCACGCGCGCGCUGGGCUGCGAACCGGACGACCUGUACAUCAUUCCCAAGCUGCUCUUCGCCGGCGGCAUGUCUGGCAUCGCGUCCUGGCUGUCCACCUACCCGGUGGACGUCAUCAAGUCCCGCCUCCAGGCGGACGGCGUGGGCGGGGUCAACAGGUACAGCGGAAUCAUGGACUGCAUGCGUCAGAGCUGGCAGAGAGAAGGCUGGAGGGUCUUCACUCGGGGACUGACCUCGACUCUGCUCAGGGCCUUCCCCGUCAACGCCACCACCUUCGCCACGGUGACUCUGUUCCUCAUGUACAUGCGGGACGACGGUUCUGUGAACGACUGUGAGCCCGCGCACCCGCCCGUACAGCAACCACAGCUCCAAACGACCAGCCUGUGAUCGGCUGCUCCGAGUCCCUGUUCAGAGGAAGUUCCCACCCUAGUAAUUAUUGUUAUACAAUGACGGACUGAGAGAAAAGAAGUGGGUUUUUGUUGGUGGUCGCAUAUUUCUGUAUGCAGCAGUAUUGUGCAUGUUAAACCCUGUUGGGAUUUAUUCAUUUUUCAGCGGUAAACAAUAGAACCACUCGUGUUUUGGUCAUUUAUUCUACUCCUAGUGCAUCUAUCUACAUUACUCAUAGGGUCUAAGUUACAAAGUAAUUAGCUCAUUGCAGCAUUGGGGUUCAAUUUUGGCCCAUUUCUCUAAUCAAACUGUUUUUGAGUCCUCAAAGUUAUGAGGGUUCCUUUGAUAAACCCUGGCAACCUUGCUGCACUGUAGUUCAAUUUUGGCCCAUUUCUCUUAUCAAACUGUUUUUGAGUCCUCAAAGUUUUUGAUAAACCUUGGCAACCUUGCAGCAUUGUGGUUCAGUUACAGUUAUGAGGGUUACUCUGUUUGUAAGGGUUCCUCUGAUAGAUCCUGGCAACCUUGCAGCACUGUGGUUUAAUUACUUAUCAAACUUUCCUCAAAGUUACAAGGGUUCCUCUGAUAAACUUUGGCAACCCUGCAGCAUUGUACAGUAGUUCAAUUUUGACCCAUUUCUCUCAAAGUUUCGAGGGUUCCUCUGGUAAACCUUGGCAACCUUGCAGCAUCGUGGUUCAAUUUCUUAGCAAACUGUUUUUGAGUCCUCAAAGUUAUGAGGGUUCCUCUGAUGAUCUGGCAACCUUGUAGCAUUGUGGUUCAAUUUUGGCCCAUUUCUCUUAUCUUAAGUUAUGAGGGUUCCUCUGAUAAACCUUGGCAACCUUGAAGCACUGUGGUCCAUUUUUGGCCCAUUACUCUUAAUAAGCUGUUUUUGAGUCCUCACAAAUUCUCCACUGUAGACCAAAAUUCCUUGAAGUUCAGAGGGUUCCAGGAUCGACUUCAAACUGCUUUUGAGUCCUCAAAUUUAUGAGGGUUCCUCUGAUAAAUCUUGGCAACCUUGCAGCAUUGUGGUUUAAUUUAUCAAACUGUUUUUGAGUCCUCAAAGUUCAAUUUUGGCCAAUUUCUCUCAAAGUUACAAGAGUUCCUCUGAUGAACUGGCAACCUUGCAGCAGUGUGGUUCAAUUUUGUUAGUCCUCAAAACAGCAAGGGUUCCUGUGAUGGAGGGUUCCUCUCACCAACUUCCAGAGAUCCAGAAAUCGGCAAAGCCCAUGAAAGCACCCUCAGCUUGGGUUUUAGAAAACAGUUUUUAUUAAUUUAAUGUUUCCAUGCAUGUGCAAUACUUUAUUACCCAAUCAUGAUGCUCCCACCACCAUACUUCACUGUGCUUACCACACUCGCGGCGGUUCUUUAUCCAAAAGUGGUCACAUGAUUCCUCCUACUGUAAGUGUUUUUUUUUUUAACAGAAGGUCAAAGUGUGUUUGGUUAAUUUUUAUCUACAUUGACAUUAAAGCUGCUACAAACAUGAA